AUGGCGGCCAUCUUACAAGCCAACAUAUGCGAGACGCAGAAUACGCAGGCUAGCACGACACGUGCAACAGCUUCACGAGAAGAGAUUCUCAAACUAGUGGAGCCGCAUCACAUGUACGCACAUGUCUCUGACGGUUCCGUCCUGACCGGCCCUCCUUUGGUUAUCGUCGAGGCUAUGAUCGAGCCAUACUUUGAGAUGGUAAACCCGCAUAUGCCUCUAUGGACAAAGAAAAGCUUUUGCUACCUUAUGGAAUCUGCCCCAGAGUCUUCCAAUGCAUCAGAUAAGCGCGCAUAUGAUGUGUGCGCGAACAAUCUGGUGCUGUUGACACUUCAGGCCAAAUCCCUUCAUUCCAGAGCAGUUUCGAGUAGAACCAGCACAGAAGCUUCUAGGGCGUCUUCCAUCGAUAUGGACCUCAUAAAAUCAUUCAUCGCAAACGCAAAGCGGGCUUUGGAGAAUGUCGAGUUGCUGCUCCUCAACCCCAGCCUUCUGACUUUGCAGGCUCUGUUGUCUCUCUGCCUAGUAGCGCAAACUUCUCUUUCGGAGGAUGUUGCUGCGUUAGUAUUCAGUUUCGCCGUCCACGUAGCCAAGUCUAUCGGACUUCGCCACUGGAGCCCGGCGAACACUACCGAAAGAGCCAAUGCCGAGGAGUGCCAGGAAAAACAGCAAGUCAUGUACUGCAUGGUAUGCCUAAGCAGGGCCUUGGCCUGGGCUUCUGGUUUAUCCUUCAACUUGCCCAGCGUUGAUCUCCUUGAGCGCAGCCUCUCAACCUCGUCAACCACAAGCCAUCUCGUCACUCGGGUCGCUCUUUUGCGACUCGAGGAGCAGAUAUAUAGUGUUCUAUACUCUGAUGAGGCCACUGACCAAGGGCCCAGUGCCACUGGAAAGGUGGCUCUCAGUCAGGGUCGGAAACUGGAUGACUGGGCAGCGAGCCACCCGGAGGAACUCGACGAAGGCCAAUAUUCUGGCACUCUCAACGGCAAACUGUGCCAUGACCUCGCUGUGAGGUUUUACUCCAUCCAGGCAUUGGUCUUAUGGCGUAUUCCGGGGGAUGCAUCAAUGUCUCCGUCAAUACUCGGCGUUGCUCGGCGUUCUCUCCGAUUCUUCCAAAGGCUGUGGACGGUGACCUCGGAAAGAGGACACCAUCUGGACUUGGCUCUACUCGUCGCUUCGUAUCCUCCUGUGCCCUUCUUCGAGCUCUCUAGGCAUGCCUUGACCAACCGGCAGGCCUCUGACGAGGACUGGGAACUUCUACACUCGUUCUCAAGCAUGAUUCGAAUGUUCUCAGAGUGGGCUGAAGAAAACUCCUUGAUGAAGAGACUGUUGAAGUUCUGCGACAUCAUGCUGCAUUUGAUUGACGCAGAUCGCGAAGAGAAGUCCUCAAGGCGACCCGAGAGUCGGCCUGCAUCAGUCGGCCAGGCUUACAUACAUACCUUGGAGCCAAUCCCCGGAAACAUGGUCCCGAUAGUUCACCCAUACGGAGGGGACUCUGUCGCUUCCUCCUCUCGUAGCACUUCCACACCGAUCUCGGGGUUUGCUCAACCGAUGCAUCCAACUUCGGAUACAGAGCCAGUCUCGCUUCCCACAGUGUCAGAAUCAAUCAUUUCGUCGUCUUUAGGUUCGUUUGAUGGCGUGUUUGGAGGAAGGCUGAGUCCGAUUGGUGACUUGGAAGGAUGGAUCGUGGAACCUGGAGCCCCGGGGGCACCUUUACCCAACUCGAUGCCGAAUUUCAUGUUUCAAGAUGGCAGUGCUUUUUCGUUUGAUAGAAUCGAUCUUGGGUGA